CAAAAACAGCACUAUUCGUAUACGAGUCUCAGCACAACUGGUUGUUCCGCCCAGUGGCGCUCGCAGUCAGAGAGGGGCAGAGUACACCCGAUGGAGCUUGGUGACGCUUGACCUCAGCCCCGUCAUUAUUGACCCGUCCAUCCCAGCUCCAGGCUGUCGGAGCUUUUGCUUCCCAUCUGCUUCCUCAUUGCUCCGUUGCAGAACAUACCCCAUCUUCGCAGACUCAUGUUCGCAUAGAUUGGCCGGGGCGACAUGAUCCCGGAUCAUGGCCUUGCUACGCCUAUGUUCCUUCGCAGCGGUUCUCUUUGCUACACCGUCCCUACAGGCUUCGAAAGACCCAUUGAACGACUUUUGCAGGCGCUGGGCCCACCAGACCGCCUACGUCGAUGGCAAACUCUACAUCGACGGCGGCCUUGUGGCCUGGAAGCCACUGUCAUCAAAUCCUCUCAAUUACACGAAUACAUGGCUUCUUUAUAGCGACUUGAAUACGACGAACCAAGUGGGGAUGCCAAUGCAGUAUGCAAACUUAACCAAGGACAAUAGGGUUCCGAACGUCUUCGGUGGCGUUCUGUGGUCGGAUGAGGUCAACAAAUGCUUCUAUCUCUACGGCGGCGAGUUCCAAAAUGUCCCACAGGAGUUCUCUUUCUGGGCAUAUGAUACUUUGCUCAACCAAUGGAACGAAACCAAGUACGAAAGCAAUGUAAACUCGUUGCAACGCGUGUCUUUCGGCGCCGGCACACAGGUCGAAGAACUCGGGCGUGGCUAUUACCUCGGGGGAUAUCUAAACAACCAUACCUCGCCAGACUGGACCGGGGAUGCCAUUGCGACUAGCGACUUUGUUACUUACGAUUUCACACGCGGUAUAUUCACGAAUAGCAGUGGACCGGAUUCGAUUGGAAGGUCUGAGGGGUCCUUGCAUUAUCUGCCUGCGUCCGACGGUGGCCUCCUCGUGUACUUUGGCGGUGUGGAAGCAAGCGGGCAAAAUGGGAGCCUUAUCGGAGCCAAUAUGAGCAAGAUCCACAUAUUUGACAUCUCUUCUUCGAAAUGGUAUACGCAGACAGCUGGUGGAACGGUGCCUCCUUCGCGUCGACAAUUCUGCGCUGGCGCCACUUGGGCGGACGAUCACACAUCCUAUCAGAUACAUUUAUAUGGUGGUUUUUCGACCGAUCAAGGCAAUACCACAGCGUUCGAUGAUGCGUACAUACUUUCAAUACCAUCGUUUACCUGGAUCAAAGCAUGGCCGGCUGAAAACACCACAAGCGUUUAUGGUCACGGCGGAUGCUCCGCUACCGUUGUCAAAAGAGACCAGAUGAUCAUAAUUGGUGGAUGGUUCCCGAACACACAAGACUGCGACACACCUGACGGCUGGGGCCAGCAUAACAUGAAUUUGGGUUAUAACGGGGCACAACAGGAUCUCUGGGAUAAGUACGAUCCCAAGCUGUCCGCAUACGCGGUACCUACGCCUGUUAUAAGUGUGAUAGGCGGAGGGCCUACCGGCGACGCCACAGUGACCAAGCCACCUUCAUGGGACCAUAUUGAUCUAGCAGUCUACUUCACACGUGUCCCCUCCUUCUCCGCCCGAACAGCGACUCGUGUUCUCCCUACCGCAACAGCUUCGCCGUCAAGAGGUCGUAAGGUCAGCGUGGGAGCCAUUGUAGGUAGCGCGGUCGGAGGUCUAGUGGCGCUCAUUGCGAUACUACUCCUUAUCCUGUUCUGCCUGCACCGUCGUCACAGGAAGGCGAAGAAGCAGAAGGACGGAAAAUUAAAAGCUCCAACGCCACCUCCAGUGGAACUGGCAGCAACAUCACCCGUCCCCGAGAUGACCUCCCCAGGUGCGGCAAAAUAUAUGACCAUGCAGUCCCAUGAUACCAAUACUCACCUUCCAAUUUCAGGAAGCCUCUCUGUUCAUUCGCGCUCACAUAGCGAUCCCAUCUCUCCAACAUGGCAGUAUGCUCCGCUGGCCUAUCAGUCUAUGACACCAAGCACCCCUCCGCCCUUCCCUUCACCGUAUGCAGCCGAGUUUGCCCAGAACCCGGCCGUCUACCCGCAAGCUGGAUACCCUCUUCACUCGGAUUCCUCUAAUACAACCUAUGACCCACACGCCUACCCUCAGCCUUCGCCACCUCUCCACCAGCGCCAAUACUCAUAUCCACCACCCAGCUCCUCACCUUCCCACCCCUCCAUACCACUCCUUCCGCAACAGGAGAAUCAGCAAGUUUAUUAUCCGCCCCCACCCGAUCCGAUCACUCGCUCCCACCCUUCGACACCCGACCGAAUACCGAGCAGCCCCGAAAGUGCUGCCUACAGCGGCGGUGCACACACGCCCAUUCCGCGCAGCACGUGCAAUACCCCAGCGCAGUUCUAUGCGCAGCUUGUACCGGUGAGAGGGAGUGGUGGGUUGGCUCCUAGUGCCGACGGCGGGAGUCCAAGAAGUAGGGGGUCUGAUGGUGAUGUCUCGAGUGGAGGGAUUGGGUAUGGCAAUGGGAGGAAGAGGCCGAUUAGGGGGAGAUUCGUGGAGGUAGAUCAUAUGUGAAUGGCUGGUGUACUGAGCAUUGGGAAGAGAUAUGGAGCACAAAAGGAGGGAAUCGGUGAAGACGUAUGGGAAAAUCAUGCAUCAUGAAGAGUUAAUGUGUGUACUACCACAUAUAUAAUCGGUCGAGUGACGGAAGACUCGAUUCCGGUAUAUGGUUGCAAGAGAUGGACAUGGAGUCUCGAGAUGGGUUGGACAUAUUGUGGGAGUUCGGUGGCAUUUGCAUUACCGGCGUGGGGGUUUACAGUAAUUGCCGGAUAUAUAUUGGCAUCUCCAGUAUAAAAGGGAUUGGAAAUCUUGGAUAGCGAGAUGAUUGUUACCAUUAGAGCUCACUUAUUUAAUUGAUAGCCUGGACACGAAUACGUCGUGUUGGAGUGAACUGCGCACUGGCACAUAACUGUACAGUAGGAGGGGCUACUCAUAUUCGACAUCAGUCACUGUUGGGGUGAACGCCGCACACGGCGAAA